AUGGGCAGAGACGACGGCGAGACGAGCCCAAAGCGGCGGAAACUGGAUUUCAACCCUUUGCGAUCCGACGAUAGAUUCGCAGUCCCCGCCAGGCCUUCAGGACACCGUUAUGGGCCAUCAGGAUCGAGUAUAGCGCGGUCUCAAAGUCGAGUGGGAAAUGCAUCCCGAGCAUCGACGCCACGCUCCCAAUCGCGAUACCCACCAACACCGCGCCAACAAGAACUUGACGGCCCUGAACCGUUCAUGAACGAAGAGGACUCGAAAGCCCUUGACAGAGACUGGUACGCGGGAGACGAGUUUGGACAUGUUUUCGGCGAGGACGAGCAUAACCCUUUCGCCAGCUAUGAUAACUCAUGGGCUGAACAGCAGCAAGAGGUAGCUGCGGUAGAGAAGAAGACCGGGAAACGAUGCAGUGCGCGGGCGACCCAAAAACAGAAAGAUGUCGACGCCUGGGAAACUAAUCGAAUGCUCACCUCGGGGGUGGCUCAACGACGAGAUAUGGCAGAUGAUUUCGAGGAUGAUGAGGAUGCGACUAGGGUUCAUCUGCUGGUACACGACCUCAAGCCCCCCUUCUUGGACGGACGAACCGUUUUCUCCAAGCAGCUGGAACCAGUACCCGCCAUUCGAGAUUCUCAGAGUGACAUGGCAGUCUUCAGUCGAAAAGGUAGCAAGGUGGUGAAGGAGAAACGCCAGCAGAAGGAGAGGCAGAAGCAAGCUCAAGAGGCCACCACCAUGGCUGGGACUGCUCUCGGAAACUUAAUGGGAGUCAAGGAAGAGGAGGGCGAUAGUGCUGCACCGGUUGCUGGGGAAGUGGAAACCCAGGGCAACAGCAAGUUUGGACAACACAUGAAGAAAAACGAGGGAGCCAGUAACUUCAGUCAAAGCAAAUCUUUGAAGGAACAAAGGGAAUUUUUGCCCGCGUUUGCAGUACGAGAAGACCUGCUCAGGGUCAUCAGAGAUAACCAGGUUAUCAUCGUAGUAGGCGAGACAGGGUCCGGUAAAACAACGCAACUGACCCAAUUCUUAUACGAAGACGGAUAUGCCAAGCUUGGACUGAUCGGUUGUACACAACCUCGAAGAGUGGCAGCUAUGAGUGUAGCUAAGCGCGUCAGCGAGGAAAUGGAAUGCAAGCUUGGUGGCACUGUUGGAUAUGCCAUUCGAUUUGAAGAUUGCACGAGCCGAGAAACAUCGAUCAAGUAUAUGACAGACGGUGUCCUCUUGAGAGAAUCACUCAACGAGCCGGAUCUCGACCGAUACUCUUGUGUCAUUAUGGACGAAGCCCACGAGAGAGCAUUGAACACCGAUGUUCUCAUGGGCUUGUUUAAGAAGGUUCUUGCUCGACGACGGGAUCUCAAACUUAUCGUGACAUCUGCGACGAUGAACUCGAAGAGAUUUUCUGAUUUCUAUGGGGGAGCACCCGAGUUUUUCAUUCCUGGUCGGACUUUCCCCGUCGAUAUUAUGUAUCAUCGGUCCCCUGUUGAAGAUUACGUUGAUCAGGCUGUUCAGCAAGUUCUCGCCAUUCACGUAUCACAGGGUGCUGGUGAUAUUCUGGUGUUUAUGACAGGACAGGAAGACAUCGAAGUAACUUGCGAGCUAGUUCAAGAACGCCUCAAUGCUCUGAAUGAUCCGCCGAAACUUAGUAUCCUUCCCAUUUACAGUCAGAUGCCAGCAGAUCUUCAGGCAAAGAUCUUCGACAAAGCUGCCCCUGGGGUCAGGAAAGUCAUUGUGGCUACGAAUAUUGCGGAAACCAGUCUGACUGUGGAUGGUAUCAUGUAUGUGGUUGAUGCCGGCUACUCGAAACUGAAAGUCUACAAUCCUAGAAUGGGUAUGGACACUCUUCAGAUCACACCCAUUUCGCAGGCAAACGCUUCUCAAAGAGCUGGUCGCGCUGGUCGUACUGGGCCCGGGAAGGCCUAUCACCUGUUCACAGAGGCGGCUUUCAAGGAUGAGAUGUACAUCCAAACGAUCCCCGAGAUUCAACGUACCAAUCUCGCCAACACUGUCCUGCUCUUAAAGUCUCUGGGUGUGAAGGACUUGCUAGAUUUCGAUUUUAUGGAUCCUCCGCCGCAAGAAACAAUCACAACCUCACUUUUCGACCUUUGGGCUCUAGGAGCUCUCGACAAUAUUGGUGACCUGACUGCUAUCGGCAGCAAGAUGACGGCUUUCCCUAUGGAUCCAUCAUUAGCAAAACUUCUCAUCACAUCCGAGGAUUACGGUUGCAGUGAAGAGAUGCUAACGAUUGUAUCCAUGUUGAGUGUGCCAAGUGUUUUCUACAGACCCAAGGAACGCCAAGACGAAUCCGACGCUGCUCGGGAGAAGUUCUUCGUUCCCGAAUCAGACCAUCUCACUUUUCUUCACGUUUACUCGCAGUGGAAGUCGAAUGGAUACUCCGAUGCGUGGUGUACACGUCACUUCCUACACCCAAAAUCUCUUCGCCGGGCGAAAGAGAUUCGGGAACAGCUUGGCGACAUCAUGAAGAUGCAAAAGAUGGCCAUGAUCAGCUGUGGCACUGACUGGGAUGUCAUUCGGAAGUGCAUUUGCUCUGGGUACUACCAUCAAGCAGCCAAGGUCAAAGGGAUUGGCGAAUAUGUUAAUUUGAGGACCAGUGUGUCCGUCCAGCUACACCCAACCAGUGCCCUGUAUGGACUGGGAUACCUUCCCGACUACGUCGUCUACCACGAACUCAUUCUAACCUCAAAAGAAUACAUGUCAACGGUCACCUCCGUUGAUCCCAAAUGGCUUGCUGAGCUGGGAGGUGUCUUCUACUCUGUCAAGGAGAAAGGGUACUCGGCGCGAGAGAAGCGUGUAACUGAAACUGAAUUCAACAAGAAGAUGGAGAUUGAGACGAAGAUGGCCGAGGAUAAGCUACGAGAAGAGAAGAGGGUGGAGAAUGAGAGCCUGAAGAUGGCGAAGAAGCCAAAUGCAUCGGCCGUGAAGAAGGUCGCAUCGCACGGAGCGGUUCGGAGACCCAUGGUAAAGAGGCCGGGUCGGGGAUUUUGA